CCUUUUACCCGUCAUCCCGCUGUGUUAGUUCUGGUUUUGUACUUCCGUCGCUAGGCAGUGGGGGGCGUCCGCCAUUUUCUUGGUUAGAUUGAAUAGAGUAGAAAAAAAAAAGUUCUACUGUACACAGGGUGCUCUUGUGGCCAGAGAGUUCUCCUGGAGGUGAGGGUUACCAUGUCCCCCGAUGAGAUCACCUACCUUGCUGUGCUACUUCUUUCUGUAAUAAUAGGAUUUCUCUUCAAGCAUGCGAGUCCACAUGUAAAGCAAUGGGGUGGAGCAGCAGUGGGAUUGCUGCUUACGCUGGGGACUUGCAACAUCCACAUCCUGCAUUCCGUUAUUACCAUCCUUGGGACAUGGCUCAUCACUAAACUUUCACCCAGAUCCUGUCACUUCCUUGCUCUGGGCUGGACCUUUACCUACCUGCUAUUCUUUAGAACAGUGACCUAUUUUGACCUUCCAGCACCCACCCCUUUCACUAAUGCUGUGCAGCUACUUUUAACCUUGAAGCUUGUAAGCUUUGCAAAUGAGGUGCAAGAAUUUAGCAGAGUCAAGAAACAAGAAGUGGCAUCAUUUUCCAGUCAGUCGUCCAUGAAUAUGAUUCCCAAGAUCCCAAGUCUGAUCGAGCUGUUCUUGUACAGUUAUUGCUACAUAGGGCUGAUGACCGGCCCUUUUUACCGAUUUAAAACGUACCACGACUGGGUGCAUCAAAUCGGUUCUCCAGAUAUUCCAAGCUGGAAGCCCAUGUUGACUCGGUUGAAGCCGGCCCCUGUUUUUGGUGUUCUGUUUCUCAUUGUUUCCCACUACUUUCCACUGGAAUAUGUGAAGAAAGAAGAGUUCUAUGAGUGUUCCUUCCUGUAUCGCCUCUUCUACAUGGUCCCCAUCUUCUUCGUGUUCCGCAUGCGCUUUUAUGUGGCCUGGAUAUUUGCAGAGUGUGGUUGUAUCUCUGCUGCCUUUGGUGCCUAUCCUCUUGCAGCCAAAUCUCGCUCUGGUGGGGGACCAACUGUGGAGUAUGCCCUUUUAGAGAGAGAUACUGAUGGGUCAAAGGUGAACAUUGAAUAUGACUAUGAGACCAUCAAGAACAUUGACUGCUAUGGAGCAGAUUUCUGUGUGAAGGUGAAAGAUGGCAUGCGCUGCUGGAACAUGAGCGUGCAGUGGUGGCUGGCACAGUACAUAUACAAGAAUUCUCCUGUUAAGUCCUUUGUGUUUGGGAGUGCCUGGACCAUGUUAAUCAGCGCUUACUGGCACGGAAUUCAUCCUGGGUAUUACUUGAGUUUCCUAACCAUACCCUUGUGUCUGGCAUCAGAGGUCUCCAUGGACGUGGGCCUGAGACGUCGCCUGUCUGAUUCUGGCAAGCUAGUGUUCGACUGGGUGCACUGGUUCCUCAAAAUGAGGGCCUAUGACUACAUGUGCAUGGGUUUCGUCCUUCUCACCUUCUCCGACACCGUCCACUACUGGCGCUCCAUUUAUUUUGCCAUCCAUGUGGUGGCUGUUUUCUUUUUGAUUCUUGGCAAGGUGCUGGCCAUGACUGCUCCUCGGGCUCCAAGGAACAGCAAAGAAGGAAAGGAAGAGAUUAAAAAGGAAAAAUGAGUCAGUACAAAUCCUUGUCCAGUUUGUCUUGUGCCUGGAUGUCUCUGCAAGCCAUAGAAUAUCUGUGCUUGUGCUAAACUGGAUGUUCUAACGGAACAAAUUCUAUGCUACAGUUACCAGACUGUGAAAGACUUUUUAUUUUCUAUAUAUAACUGGACUGGGGGUUCUGGUCUCUCAGUAUUAUGUGAGCGUCCUAGUCAUCCCCGGACCUCUGUGCUUCCUUAAAGGACCUCAGAAUAGUUCUUACACUUCACAUCUAUGAUUUAUUUACUGCUUUAAAGGGGUAUUCCAGGAAAAAAACUUUUUUUUUAUAUAUAUAUAUAU